GUCAACAUCAUGUGGGGAUUUCGGUAUCAAUAAGCAUUCGGUCAAGGAGGACUGUAACAACGCAUCGAUUGUCAUAGUACGAGUAUAUUAGUCCAUUUUUAGGAAUUGGGUAGCAUAGGUGUUUUUGCAUUCGUGUCAUGAAGUGUUCACUCGUGUUAUUAUUGUUGGGGGUCCUUUGUCUAGGAGCUUUCGGGGAUGCAAGACAAGAUGAAUUUCGGAAUGGACCGUUGCUCGAUAGAUUGGUGCGUUCUCGAAGGCAAAGCGGGGGAGUAAACUAUGGCUUUCCCACGUUUCCCGACUUUACCAAACAGGGUCAGUUUGCUCAAUUUGGACAACAAGGGCACGGGGGAGGAUUAUUCUCUCGUAGUGACUUUUCCGAUUUUAUGCCAGACCCUUCACAGUUCAAGGGCAACCAAGGAUGGACAACAAGAAGCUGUGUAUACGAUGAGAAAGGAAAAGCAAAGUGCGUAGAGCAACAUGGUGAUAAGCCCAAACACUAGACGUGAAAGGAGAUAACCUAGGGAGAAAUACGUUUACCCGAAUAUGUUUUAUAAUACCUGUUAGUUUAAAUAUUGUUUUCGAAUUUCAUUUCAUUUCAUUUC